CCUAAAAACCUGGAUCCGUGCCAGGGGAUGCUCAUCAGAAAAUUGAAAUUAAAUCCCUAAGCAAGACCAAUUUGGGACAUGGAUCGAGCUUUAUUUAACCCCUAAAAGAUACCACUUAAAACGGAAUAGGCUCGAUUACCAACCGCUGUUCAGGAAAGGAGCCAGUGCUAGUAGACGAGACUCGAAAGACCAAGGAAAAUUGAGCCUAUAAACAGAAAGAAGAGACUGUUUUUUAAUUUACCUCUCCGAUUGCACCCUAAUUCAAUUCAAUCAAAUUCUUUAUUUACACCAUUUAGAUACUUUGACAGCUAAAACCUGUGGCGUUCCAUUAUGAAUACGUUAAGUGAGACCAGAAUCCUUGAUUUGCUCCCCUUAGCGAGAUGACGCGCAUUCCCGACCUUUUCAUAUGGGACUCGUCCCCCCGGGUGUCGAGAGCCUGGAGUGAUGGCUCUGCCUCAAAUGGCCGACUACAGGUACUUAUUAGCACUUGCGUAGUCACUAAUAAAUUAUAGUCUGUUGAUCAUCUUAUCGUUAGGGGAUUUUAUGAUUCUAGUGAAGGACUCCUGAUUUUUGAACAUAGAAAUAACAUGAUACAGAAACCUGAACCUAAAAGGUUCAAUAUGUUAAUUCCUCUUGAUGCAAUAUUAUUUGUCUUCUCUUUGUAGCCUGGAUAGGCUCCCUGGCAUCAUUUCUUUGUUUCUUCGCCAGUCCUGUGGCUGGUCGCCUCUCUGACAAGUUAAACUGCCGAUGUGUGACCAUGGUUGGAGCUGGGUCUUCUGUAGUGGGACUCAUUUUGUCAUCGUUUGCAAACCGCAUCAUUAUUUACUACUUCACGUAUAGUUUGCAGGUUGGGUUUGGUAUCAGCUGCGUUCGCACAUCAAGUUUCCUUGUGGUUGCACAGUAUUUUCAUAAAAGGAAACCUUUCGCCACAGGGAUACUAUCUGCCGGUGCUGGUCUGGGUUUGUUUGUAUUAGCACCAGUUAUUCGAGCUUUCUUGGACAGCUUCAGUUUGGACAACACUUUCAGAUUUCUGGCAGGGAUAGUCUUUGUGGGUGGGAUUCCAGCUCUGUUGUAUGAUCCUAGUGUGGAGGAAGAUUGUUCAGAUCCACAUGACUCCAGCUUACAGCUGGAAGAAGAGGAUUACCAAAUAAUAGAACCAACUAAGAUAGUGGACUGUUCUGUGUGGACAGUGCCAGCGUUCACCGUCUUUGCUCUGGGGUUUAUGAUGGAUUCCUUAGGAGCAUCUAUCACUCGUAUUCACCUGGUAAGUAUUCAAUUUUCUUUGUUAUAUAGCAAACUGGUCCAGGAUGAGAAGAUUAAUUCUGAUUGGUUCCCUGCACUGAAGGCUCACUUCUUAUGUUCCUUCUCUCGUUUUGCUUUUUUCAUUACUUUUGACUUUGAAUUGGACUCGGGCGUUCUAUCGUCAUCUAACAAGCUUGUAUUUUUUCUCUCAAUUUUUCAGGUGAAAUAUUCAGAAGAACAGGGCAUCUCUCCCGACAAUUCCGCAAGAUUACUGAUGUUCUAUGGCCUUGCUUCAUGUAUCGCAAGAUUAUUAGCAGGACGUGUUUGCAAUCUAACAUGGGUCAACCCUCACUUUGUUUUUCAAGUCGGUGGCUGUAUUAGUGGUGUGUCAGUCCUUUUGUUCACUGUGGCUCGAAGUUAUCUUUCCUUUGUGUUGUGCAGCGUAUCGUUCGGUCUGGGAAACGGUUCCGUCGUCACAACUAGCAAUCUGAUUUUCUUGACUUGUGUGGAUGUGAAAAGGAGAGCAUCAGCGUUUGGCCUGGCAAACUGUUUAACUUCUUUUGCCAUAGCUUCGGCUCCCCCAUUUGCAGGUAAGUUUGAGAACGAGAUUAAAUGAUUGCUGCCACCAUCGUUUAGUCUGAAAAGGUCGGUGAUGCUCAUCGGAAAAUUUAAAUUUUAAUUAGAAAGACUCUUUUCUAAAAGAGACCAAUAACCUUUAAAGGAGACCAGUCUGCGUGCGGCUUGUUCCUUCAUUGGCCGAGCCUUAUUUGCACCCUAAAAGAUACGUUGACAGCUAAAAGUAGUGGCAUUUUUGUCCUUAACACCCUAAGUGAGACCAAGAUCCUUGAUUUACACCCCUAAGCCAGACAACGAGCAUCCCGACCUUUCUACAUGGGAGUUCCCCCAGGGUGUGUUUAUAUCAGUUCCCUGGGGGGUACUCCCAGAAACGUUGCGUAGGGGUGUGCAGCCCACUUUC